AUGACUGAGUGGCCGUGACACAUCAAAGACUCGGUCGCACACUUCUCUCCAGCGCUCUCAUCUGGCUCCCACAAUAACUCGCCAUGUUUUUGGAGAAAGAUGGGGAGGGGGGGAAGGGCACACACGCUAUCCCUGUGGGGACCUCCCAUUGCCAUGACCCUUUCCCCUGCCGCUCACCCUAAACCGUCCAAAACACAUGGCUAACCUGAGCCAGGCCCAAACUUCAACCUUACAAAGUCAUGUUUUGAUGCCUUCAUCCUCAAUGUGAGGCUCGUGGGGUCCCCACAUUAGCAUGAUGUUCUGACGAGGACAGUGUUUUGUCAAGAAUGGGUCAGAGGCACACACACACACACACACACACACUAUGGAAAUGAAGAUCCGAGGCGAUCAUGUGACCAACACCGUUGGAGCGAGGUCAUGUGGUGGCGCACAUGUGAACAUUGGUGAGGUGUUUUCACAUGAAUGACAGCAGGAUCAAAGCUCAGCCUCACUGUGGGAGGAGGAUGGGAGAGGGGGACCGGUGCACCCACACAUUGUCCUUGCCGCUUUGUUAGGGACUGUCAAUUCCAAAACAGACUGUAGUAGAACUCUUGUGUCUGUGCUGUAAUACAGGUCGUACUGCGUAGUAGGUUUAUAAUUCAUGUCGUCAUGUUGACAACUCCUCACCCAGAAAAGAAGCAUAAACAACUGACCCUUUGACCUUUCACUCUGCCGUUGCCAUGGCAGCAGCUGCAUGAAAAACCCUGACCAUCACUUGGAUGUGGUGAUGAUGCGCGUGUCUUGUGUGUUCAGGUGGCACACUUGUCGGGGUGCACGUUGGGAGGCGUGGGGGGGCAGCGGCGUGUGGAUUAUCACUCGGAGGCGGUGAGAUUAGGGCAGCGAGGGCAGAUGGCGCCACAGGGAGACGAGGGCGGCUCAGAGCGCCUCGAUAAGUGACAUGAAGCACGGAUUGUUACUGUGUGUUUCUCAGUGUAUCGCACGUGUUCCUGUGAGCCCUGCCUCAUGCCCUCACCCUCCCCUCCCUCCAUGACUCCAGUCAUGUUCUGCACUCCAGACACACAAACAUCAACUCAAAACUCACACCAAAGUCAUGAAGAGUUUGAUGGUCAUAACUGUAUAACAACACGACACGAGUCGUUUAUGUCUGGUUUAGUUCUUUUUCAUUUCUGAAUAUGUUACUGGACUCUGAAUAUAUCAAUGAUUGUUUUCAUUUAUUCAACAUUAUUUUAAAGAAUUGUAUUUAUAUUUUCAACUUUCAUAUUAUUUGUAUUAUAUAUAUCGUUUUUGUUAUUAUGUCUAUUUCAUUUGUGUAUAAUUGCUCUUCAAUAACACAUUUAUCCGUUAUUUUUUUCUUGUAUUGUUGCAUUUUACAUCAAAUCUAUUCUUGUAUCUUAAAAAGUAUAUGCAAAUAAUUUAAUUAAAAAAAAAACUCCUCACAUCCACCAGGAAAUUUAGGCUAAAAAGACAACUGCUUUGGUCAGGUGACCCCGGCGCAUCCCAAGUUAUUCGGACAUGAAGCAUAUUGUUCUUGCAGCAUGACCACACCCUGCCCCGGACUUGGAGUCAAGCCGAGCCUUGAUCCUGCUGUCAUUCAUGUGAAAACGCCGUCAACGUUAGCAUGUGUGAGUGCGCCGUCACAUGACCCGAAGAGCUUCACUGAUGCUGGUCACAUGACCACCUCUGUGUCUGUCUGUAUUGUACAGGUUUUCAAUGAUCCCUCCUGUUUUGAUGAACGUGACCGGGUCACUGAUACAAGUGGGACACUGACAUGAGCGGGUCAUAGACACGAGCGAGUCUUAGACACGCGCGGGUCAUCCUUCCUCUCACCAGGCCCUCACUCAUGAACGGACCCAAGGUUCUGAAAUGAAAAAUGUACAACUAUCUUGAUGAGAGAUGACAUGUAAUGGACUCCGUCGCUUCAAAAUGAAAUGAUUUAAAUUAUCCUGAAAGAAAUAUUCAUAUUAGGUUAUUGCUAUUAUCGAAUGUAACAUGGAAACAAUGAGAAAAAAGAAAAUGUUGAGAUGAAAACAGAAAAAUGAGUCAUCUUAAUGUCAUAACUGAUAAAUCUUAUGGAAGUGCAAAAAUCAAGCAAUAUUAUCAAGAUUACAGUUUUGUCAGUCAGAAUAAAUGAGGCUCCUGGAAUGAUGAGCUGCAAAAUGAGCAGAGGUUUCAAAAUAAAAGCCCGGCGCCUGCAGAGGUCAGGUUAGCCCAGGCGAGCGCUGCGAUGACAGCAGAGCCAGUCCACAUGCUCAGACGCAGAGCGGGAGGGGAGGAGGAGGAGGGCGAAGGGGAGUGGACGGGGGAGGAGAGAGAAACAAACAGUUUGUGGCUGCAGCAGAGAAUCUCGGUCACAUCCAGAGCAGCAGCAGAGAAGCGAUGAGGGGAGCGUGGAAGGAGCAGACCUGGUGUCCCGGUGCCGCCCCGCUGUGAUCUGACCGACGUGUGAAGUUGUGACAAAGAUUCUCAGCCGGAGACUCAGCCAGCGCAGCAUCAUGCAUAUCCUGCAGCCGUACUGCAUCAACAGGUGGCCCGACGUGCCCAAGAGGAAGAGGAAGAACAGCCAGUCCUCAGUGAAGAGCAUGUCGGCUCUUAGUGUCUCUGUUGCAGGCUACAUCCCCAGCUACCUGGAGAAGGACGAGCCGUGUGUGGUGUGUGGAGACAAGGCCACCGGCUACCACUACCGCUGCAUCACCUGCGAGGGCUGCAAGGGUUUCUUCCGCAGAACCAUCCAGAAGAACCUCCACCCGUCCUACUCCUGCAAGUAUGAAGGCUGCUGCAUCAUCGACAAGAUCACGCGCAACCAGUGCCAGCUGUGCCGCUUCAAGAAGUGCAUCUCAGUGGGCAUGGCCAUGGACCUGGUGCUGGACGACUCCAAGCGCGUGGCCAAGCGUCGCCUCAUCGAGGAGAACCGAGAGAAGAGGAAGCGCGAGGAGAUGGUGCGCACGCUGCAGCUGCGGCCCGAGCCCACCACCUCCGAGUGGGAGCUGAUCCGCUCGGUGACGGAGGCGCACCGCCACACCAACGCCCAGGGCUCCAGCUGGAAGCAGAAACGCAAGUUCCUGCCGGACGACAUCGGCCAGAGCCCGCUGGUCCCGGCCACCGAGGGCGACAAAGUGGACCUGGAGGUCUUCAGCGAAUUCACCAAGAUCAUGACCCCAGCCAUCACUCGCGUGGUGGACUUCGCCAAGAAGCUGCCCAUGUUCUCCGAGCUGCCCUGUGAAGACCAGAUCAUCCUGCUGAAAGGCUGCUGCAUGGAGAUCAUGUCCCUGAGAGCCGCCGUCCGCUACGACCCCGACAGCGAGACGCUGACGCUCAAUGGCGAAAUGGCCGUGAAGCGGGAGCAGCUCAAGAACGGAGGCCUCGGUGUGGUGUCGGACGCCAUCUUUGAUUUGGGCAAGAGCUUGGCGCAGUUCAACCUGGACGACUCGGAGGUGGCGCUGAUGCAGGCCGUCCUGCUCAUGAGCUCAGAUCGCUCCGGCCUGACCAGCGUGGAGAAGAUCGAGCAGUGUCAGGAGGCCUACCUGCUGGCGUUCGAACACUACAUCAACUACCGCAAGCACAACAUUCCCCACUUCUGGCCCAAGCUGCUCAUGAAGGUGACCGACCUGCGGAUGAUCGGCGCCUGCCACGCCAGCCGCUUCCUCCACAUGAAGGUGGAGUGUCCCAACGAACUCUUCCCUCCUCUUUUCCUGGAGGUCUUCGAGGACCAGGAAGUCUGACCUUCCUCCCACCCUGGACCUUCUAUGGGAGGAAGGAAAAACUGGAUAUUUUUCUUUUUGAUUUUUGGGAAACCCCAAUUUGCCACCAGCACCCACACUUCUCAUGCGCAGGUUGAACCUUAAAUAUCUAAUAUAUAAAUAACGUAAUAUAUAUUUCUGUAUAUAUCUGAAUCACAAACCGCCCGGCCAACAGUCUCUGCAACCACCGUCGACCUCACAAGUGUACUUUUCUCAUGUCCCCCAUGUGGGGUCUGCAAAAACCAGCUGUUCCCAGUUCCUGUGGUGGGAACCCACGUGAAAUGAGGGUCACUAACCGACAUAUCAGGAGUAAACUGCACCCUGAGUCUACUUUUCUGGGAACUUCCUGCCUAUAAGGCCUCCAGUCGGCUGCUCGAUGGCCCGGACCCUUGGAAGACCAUCCCAAAAGACAUUGGCCAUCUUGGAAGCCGCCUCACGUAAACACACCCAUCACCAGUGACCUCAUCACAUGUCACUGUGAAGUCAGGAUCGCUAUGACCUCAUCGCCAGACACCCAUGAAGCGGCUCAUGUUCACGCUCACGACCAAAUCUGCCAUUCAAACACGACAGAAACAGCUUGGUUUCCUUUGUAGCAAUAAAGCCAUUUAGGAACAAACAGGAAGGCGUUUAGACGACGAAGACGUCAGUUGGCGUUGGAGGCCCGUGUAAAUAAUGCGACAGAGAUUAAAGAUGUUUCACAAGGUGUUGCACAACUCCAUUAAGCUAGGCUACGCUAACACAACCUUGGUUGUAUCAACUCGUGUGUUAGGCGCCGGAAAGCAGGAAGUACGCUUCAGAACUCCCAAAACAUAAGCUGUAAUGAUCUCAUCGGAUAAACGUCAUUGUGACAAAAAUCCUAUAGUACUAUUAAAAUUUGAAAAUACUUCAGUUGAUCCCAGAAAACGCUUCUCGUUUUUUAAACCAGAAUCGCGACGGCUAGGCUCUAAUUGAUGAUGUCAUCCAACCGUCACCAGCAGACGUUAAAAAUGCUCCACAUUCCAUGACAUGUUUUGGCUCGUUGUCCUGAAUUGAAAACACAGGUGUCACUUAAGCGACGUUAGAGUCUCCGACACACUAACCACUGCUACACUGUCUGCAUCCUCUGCACCGCAACCCUCGGACCGGACCUCACCUCUUGUCGCGGUGUGGGCGGGAGGGCCGUUACCUCUGCAGGCGUCUCCGUCACCUGUACCUCCUCCCACUAAAUGGACGGAUUCUACCUCACCGCUCGUUUCAGUACCCACUCCUCACGGCACCAGUAGCCAGCAUGGACCUGCUGAGUCAGCAAACGGGCCGUGGAUCAACAGCAAAUGUGGCAGGGGGGUUCUUUUUUGUUCAGUCUGGGACCAACUCUUUUUUUUUUUCAAUCUGGGAACCAGAAAAGACCCUGAGGUGACCUUUGCUGACCUCAAGGAGGCAGUUGUGAGACUCCAACAUCAGUGCGGUGGGACCCCGGUUCCCGCGGUGGGUCUUUGAGAACCAAGCCGCCUGUGAAUCGGCAGUGCUGGCCAGCGGACGGGCUUUCGGGAGACAACCCUGACUGGCGAUGCUGGGACUGGCCCGGCCAAAAUAAACACAUCGCCACGCUGCGACUGGAUCCAACUUCAAAGCGGGAUCGGAUGCCAAACUAACCAACAGUCCAAGGUUUCCCGUCACAACUGCCCUCCCUCAGAAACAUGCACCAUGAAUUCAUCACUGCUGCAUUAGCGCCACCUCAACCAAUCCCAAAAUGCCAUCCAUGACAAAUCAGGUUUUUCUUUUGUGUUGCACUAAAACCACAAUGUCUGUAUCCCUCGGUAGCUCUUCCUUUCUUCCCUCCAGCGUCGCUCCUUUUCCUGCUUCCUUCCUUCCUUCCUUUCCUGAGCUAUUUCAAUAAUAAUCUUCAGAUGAUUGAGUCGCCAUGACAGCACACACACACACACACACACACACACACACACACACACACACACACACACACACACACACCAUGAGUGAUGAA